AUGUCGCUCGUCGCUCCUGAUCCAUCGCAAAACUUCAACCACAUCUUGCGUUUGCUCAACACAAACGUCGAUGGUAAAAUCAAGAUCAUGUACGCCUUGACAAAGAUUGGAGGUGUCGGUCGUCGUUUUGCCAACUUGGUCUGCAAGAAGGCUGAUGUUGAUUUGAAGAAACGUGCCGGUGAACUCAACUCUGAUGAACUUGAAAGAAUCGUUCAAAUCUUGCAAAGCCCUGCCGAAUUCAAGAUCCCAACUUGGUUCUUGAACAGACAAAAGGACAUCGUUGACGGAAAGUACUCUCAAGUUCUAUCCAACAACGUCGACUCAAAAUUGCGUGACGAUAUCGAACGUCUCAAGAAGAUCCGUGCUCACCGUGGUAUCCGUCACUACUGGGGUCUCCGUGUCCGUGGUCAACACACUUGCACAACCGGACGUCGUGGACGCACCAUCGCCAACAAGAAGAAGUAAAUUGAUUGUUUUGUUGGAUUCUGUCAAAAGGCAUGCAAAAUCGACUUCGACUUUUCAUCAUCUCUUUCGACCGAUCUAGCUCGACUUUCUUCUUUUCGGUUCUCGUUUCAUUGCAACAUUCAUCCAGUAUCGACACCUCGAUACGCCAUCACGACAAUCUCGCACAUCAUAUUCUGUUCUAACAGCGCGAUCAUAUCGUAUGUAUACACUACUAUGCGGACCUCUCCAUUCAGUGGGAGCUUAUGCAAUCAAAAGACAUUUCAAGCAUCGAUGGGGACAGGUAU